AUUUUUAGAUACCCCCACUAAGGGUUUUAUUUAUUUAUUAUUAAUAAUUGCCCACCAAUGGUAUUUAGGAAUUAGGAGUUUAGAAAAGUGUCAUGGCCUACGUAAUGUGUUAUCGUAGAUAACUUACUUAGGCAUAGACAGAGAUAGGAAAACGUCACGGCCUACAUAGAAAAGUCAGAUAUAACUAAAAUUACAAGGGUGGAUAAUGUCAUAGCUCACUACAAUAUGGGGAUCCAUAACUAACCAACAAGACUAAUUGCGGGUUAGGUACAAGUUGUCAAGUUGUGAAAUCACUUGUCAUAUUAAUAAAUUAAUCGAUUGGAGAAAAAGAACCGGUUUCUUGAAUUUUUCUGCUUUCUUAUAAUACUAAACUAAAAAUAAUUUAUAGGAGUCGUAUAGUACACUGAGCACUAUUUGUACCUAAACCGCAAUUAGUGUUGUUGGUUAGUCAUGGAUUGGCAAGAGUGUAUGACAAGAAAUUAUUCAAUUGAACAGCAGGAUAGCUAUAGUCCUCCCUACUAAUAAAAACAAGAAUUUAUUUCGUGACUUUCAUUCUAUGUUGAAUAAUUUCUCAUGAUUUUUUGAUCCAGUCUCCGUUGGCAGAAGAAGAUGUCAUGGUAUACGUUAUAAAGAUAGACAUUAACAAUUUCUACUUCAAGGUUCAACAAUACUUUGAAAACUCAAUAAUAAAAUAUAUACAGCACCUGCGGCAAAUUAAACACCUAUAAAACUAUACCUAGAGCAGAACUAUAAAUUUUCAGAUAAGCCAUCUUCUACAUUAAUAAUACAAACUCUUCCUAUAAAAAAAAAAGGUACAAACUCUUCAAUUUUCAUAACAAAUGGCAGAAACAACCAUAAAUCCGGGGAUUAAGAGGAUUGCAGUUGUAACCGGAGCCAAUAAAGGGAUUGGAUUUGAGAUAUGUAGACAAUUAGCUUCAAAUGGGAUCAGGGUGGUUUUAACUGCUAGAGAUGUAAGGAGGGGCAAUGAAGCAAUUGAAAAACUCAAAGCUAAAGGAUGCUCUGAUGUGGUUUUUCAUCAACUAGAUGUGAUGGACCCAACUACCAUUUCCUCUUUGGCAGAUUUCAUCAAAACCCACUUUGGGAAGCUUGACAUAUUGGUAAAUAAUGCGGGGAUUACUGGAUCCAUAACUAACCCAGAGGAACAUAGAAAACUUAGCGUUGAUCAAAUUUUUGGUCCAAAUGCCAUACCUCUGAAGGAAGUCAUGAAGCAAACUUAUCAAACAACUGAGAACUGUUUGAGAACAAACUACUAUGGGACCAAGCAAGUGAGCGAAGCACUUAUUCCACUUCUUCUAUUAUCCAAUUCAGGAAGAAUGGUAAAUGUGUCCUCCACCUUGGGACAAUUAAAGCUUAUUUCAAAUGCGAAAGCAAAGAAAGAACUUGGAGAGGUUGAUGACCUCACAGAAGAGAAAGUGGACAAGGUGGUAGAGGGAUUUCUAGAAGAUGUCAAGGAGAAUUUGAUUGAAACCAAAGGUUGGCCCGUUAAUAUUUCUGCUUACAUAGUCUCCAAGGCAGCUCUUAAUGCAUACACAAGGGUUCUAGCAAAGAAAUACCCCAAAAUAGCAAUCAACUCCGUGAAUCCUGGGUAUACCAGCACAGAUUUGAACCAUAAUAGUGGAGUUUUGACUGUUGAAGAAGGUGCAAAAGGUCCUGUGAUGUUGGUUUUGAUGCCUGAAGGUGGGCCUUCUGGCCUCUUCUUUGAUCAAAUGGAAGUAUCAACCUUUGAAUAAGAAUGAUGCUACCCAAAUGAGUAAAUAAGCAGAAUGAAGAAACAUGGAGAAUAAAAAUGUAUGUUGAGGAAGCUUAUUUAAAUCUUAUAGUUGGUUUAUUUAGAUCUUGCUUUGAUCAAUAAUAGCAUUAGAAAUUUUUUUUUCCUA